GCACAGACACAGGGCCGUGGUGGUUACCCACCCGUGGCCCCUAAACCAGCUAACCGUAUGGCCGCAGGAGGGGCUGGCCCUGAAGCGGCAGCUCAGGGCAGUCCAGUGGGGAUGAAGAAGAUGGUGCCUGUGCACAGCUCCAGGGCACAACCUGCAGCUUCGGCCGCCAUGUCCCAGCAGGGUCCUGUGGCAGGAGAUGCCGGGGCUUAUGCUUCAGAGCAGAGAGCUCCUCCCACUGUAAGAGAGGACAGGAGGCAGGCCGCUGCCUACAGCGCUCCCCCGCCCCGACAGCAGCCUCCCCCGGCUGAUGAGGAGGAGGACGCCAAUGACUAUGACUCCGAUGAAGCCACAACUCUGGGCUCUCUUGAGUUUGGCCUCCUCUACGAUCAGGGAAGCAACAGCCUCCACUGUAGCAUCCUCAAAGCAAAGGGACUUAAGCCCAUGGACUCUAAUGGGCUUGCAGAUCCGUAUGUGAAGCUUCAUCUGCUGCCCGGAGCCAGUAAGUCGAACAAGCUGCGUACAAAGACCCUGAGAAACACCCGCAACCCCGUGUGGAACGAAACGCUCACCUAUCACGGCCUGACAGACGAGGACAUGCAACGUAAAACCCUCAGGCUCUCCGUCUGCGACGAGGACAAGUUUGGGCACAAUGAGUUUAUCGGCGAAACCCGGGUAGCGCUGAAGAAGCUGAAGAUGAAUCAGAAGAAGACCUUCAACGUCUGCCUGGAGAGGGUUGUGCCUACGAAGAGAACUGCGACGGCCGGAGGAGCUAGAGGCAUCGCGCUCUAUGAAGAUGAGCCGGGGAAGGAGGGCGCGGAGACCGAGGAGCGCGGCCGCAUCCUGAUGUCCCUCAUGUACAGCACCCAGCUGAAUCGCCUCAUCGUGGGAGUCGUGCGCUGCGUUCACUUGGCCGCCAUGGAUGCUAAUGGCUACUCUGACCCGUAUGUCAAAAUAUGCCUGAAACCUGACAUGGGGAAGAAGGGCAAGUGCAAAACACAAAUCAAGAAGAGGACUUUAAACCCAGAGUUUAAUGAGGAAUUUAGCUUCGACAUCAAACACAGUGAGCUGGCCAAGAAGACGUUAGACAUCUCUGUGUGGGAUUAUGACAUCGGGAAGUCCAACGAUUACAUAGGAGGCUGUCAGCUGGGCAUCACCGCCAAAGGGGAGAGGCUGAAGCACUGGUAUGAGUGCCUGAAGAACAAGGACAAGAGGAUCGAGCACUGGCACACCUUAGUGAACGAGAAUCACGUCGCCAGCGAUUAACCGUGCAGCAUGAGCUCACACCUAAUCAGAUUGCAUUCAUGUCUUGUUGCACUUUUACAAAUGAAGAUUUUUUUUUUGUUUGUUUGUUUCCCCCUUUGAUUUUAUCAUACCUGAACACGCAGGCACUGUUACUUCCUUGCUCCGAAUUUAGCACACAACUCCCUUAUUUUCAUAGUAGCCGUUUCUCUACCGAUACCGGAUUUGCCUCUGACACAAACCGCAUUAUGUCAAUGAAUUUGAAACGUAAGUAACACAAGGCAAACAAACUGUCAUCAAAAAAAAAAA